UUAUUAGAUAGAGAAAAUGGAACAGUUGGAGCUGAAGGAUCCUCCACAUGGUUAUCAUUUUAAUAAUCUUGUUGAAGACUUUCGUGAUGCAAUGAAUAAUGACGACGUAACAAGAGUGAAAAGGCGUUUUACAGAAAUAUUACCCGACGAAGUAGAAACUAGUGAGCAACUAGUACAAUGUCUUCUACAGAAGAAUUAUAUUUCUGAACGCAAUAUCGUUUACUUGCAACAGAUAGUGCGGGUCCUGAAUAAAAGGGACUUACUGAUAAAAACAAUUGAGUAUGCACAAAACCAGAGACAAAAAGUACUGCAUUUUCGUGAAUCGUCAACACAGACACGGCCUGGGUAUACGCUUAUUAAGAUCCAUGUUGAAGGUCACACGUGUAAUACAGAAGGAGAUGUUCAGAAUAUACGGCAAACUAUUUCUAACAUAGUUCUUGUUCCUCUUGAAGACAUUUCUGUGAUCACCACGGAAACAACCAACAGCAUCCUGAUUACAUUCAUGCUUCCAACAGUGUACGUGGAAGUUCUGCAAGCAUUUCUUGAUACACAGAAAUUUUAUUUAUUUCGACCCCUACUUCGACUAGGAGUAGAUAAGAUAUUAGUAUCUGGUGAACGAUACAAUAUAAAGCUAGGUCUAACAUCACCUUUGAUUACUACAAAUUCGGACAGUGGUGAAGGUGCUUUUUCUGAACUACCAAAAAUAGAUACGGGAUAUCGGAAGAUUUAGACCAUAGUUACUGUGAUUUUUACAUAUCCUUUCAACCUGCCGGCGAGAAAUAGAGAAAUCUACAACCAGGACAACGAGCUUAGAAACUAGAAAGCAUUGCUAAACAAGAGUUCAUAUACAUGAUUAGAUGUAGACAGCCUUGAGAGUAAAGGAUUAUAUAAAAAGCUGGACCCUUAUGCCAAUGACUCUCAAGACGAUAAUUGUUGAAAUGCCCUAAAUACUUAACGAAAGAUAAUUCAUGUUAUUAUCAAACGCCGAACAAAAAUGCUUUUGACAUUCUUUAGAGAGGAUCUAUGCAUUACUACUUCGAUCGUUAUUUGUCAAAGUAAUUAGAAUAUAUCCCAGAAAUUUUCAUAAGCUCAGGACAUUAGCUAAAACUGAAAACAUAAUGUAAUAAUCGUAUUUUGAUAAACCUAGGACAUUAUAGAAGUAUUAUUAUUUCGAUCUAUUAAAGAUAGGUCAGUAGUAGAUAAGGCUACUUGUGAAAACACAGAAACUUAGUCAAUCAAAAGGUCUCUUGUACAUGUAGCUAACCUGUUUUAAUUGUAGAUAAAAAGGACUGGUCAAAAUGUUUUCUUUUGAUUAAAAGAAAAAUUGUUCUCUGAAACUAGUGCAUUGUUUAUUAUACGUCAUUGCAUGAUAAGUGAAAGGCUUUAAUAAUAUGUUGUACAUACUAAAGGGUGAAGGCAAAUGUUUAGUUUUUGUUUUUCUUCUGUUAUUAUUUUUAUUCUAUUGAUAAAUAUCUCCUAGCCUACUGAAGACAGACUUUAUUUAUAUAACAAAUGAUAAAAUGUUAUAUAGCACCUUAUAGAAUUAAAGGUGUUUAUGAAAUUUGCAUGAGAUGAAUUUUAUUUCGUUUCUGUCUAUUAGAAAACCAUUGUAGAAACAUGGUUUCUUACCUUGCAUAUUCUGAUAAUUGCUAAAUAUCGUUUGCAAGGAAUUGUCUAGCAAUAAAUAAGCAGCAUUUAAAAUAUUUCAUUUUAAGAGAAAAAUGACAUAAAGUAAUGUUUGAAAUUGUGAAACUUACAAUAAGUAAAUAAAUUCGCGUAGAGUGGCCUUUGUCUGCUUUGACAAACAAAGCAUCACGCGGUAUGAAGAUAAAGAAAUGCACAGGUUUAUUAUUUCGGUAUAUUGCUGUUGUUGUUGGAGUUUCCUGUCUUUAUGCGUGGUAUAAUAACUUUUGUUUGUUGCUGCUUCAAUUAUUAUAGACUUUAGUAAUUUUCUAUAAGGUAUUGACUUGCAAGAGGUACUAGCAGAAAGGGUAAAGCAACAGGCAAUGGAUGCUGAAGAAGACAAGAAUCCUAUUGUGAAAUUCAAGUCAGCACCACCUGUUGAGGAGUAUAUUGCAGUGUAUCCGGAUAUUUCGGGCCAUACACAUGGUGAAGAAUAAAAGUGCAUAAAUGAAAUUUACUUAUAUGGUAAAAGGAUAUGCUUCAACAAACAUUACAUUUGAAAUUAUGUUAUUUGAAAUUAUGUAUAUGCCGAACUUACAAGGAGGACUGAUAACUACCAUAUCAUAACAUCUACAGACAUUCUUAGUGAAUGUUAUUUUGCGUUGGACUACGAAUGAACGUCUCUCUAAUAUCUGAUUUGUUCAAAAUGCCAA